UACUAAAUGAUUUAAAUUCACAAAACAUUAGAUUCCUAACAAAAUUACGUGUUGAAAAAAUUAAAAUGUCGGAAAGAAAUGAAAAAGGUGCGAAUAGUUCGGUAGCUAAUACCGUUCUUAAGAAAGUAGAAUCACUUCUCGAUAUCAGCGGUAGUUCUCUGGAUGCCAAUUCCCUAUCGUGCACUUUGGGAAAAACUCAAUCGGUCCCCCAAAAUGGAGAUCAUAGUGUAAAGAGCAUAGCGGAUAUGGCUCUGCCUAAAUUGAGAAGCGAAUUGGGCUACGAUGUGGUCCACAAGGAGGUUCAAAAGAUAAAAGAAUCCCUAGAUGCCUAUUCUCAGCAAAUGCAAUCAGUUGAUCAGGAUGUGGCUGAAAUAUUUUUGGAUUUGCACAAUAUUUACAAGAGACUGGAAAAACUCGAUGGUAGUGGCAGAAAGUUGAGCAGCGCCAAAAAGGCCAAGUUGUUGAAACAUGUCAAAGAGUCUGAGGAUUUAUUGAGCCGUUCGCGGCAUUUUCUAACCAACGAUCCCAAGGAGAUGAGUGCCAUGCUUGUUGGUCCGCCAAAGGAACCGCAAUCCAGUUCUAAGGUACGUGGUCGUUUAUCCCAAUCAUCAAACCCAAAUAACGAUCGGUAUCAAGGGGGACUAAGCCAAUAUGGAUCGCCAUUCGAAAGGAAGUAUCGCCAUCUGCACACGAAAAGUACAGAGAAGCCUGUCUUUCUCAGCAAUAUGGUAGUGUUCAAGAAGUCGGACUAUUCCCUUCACCUCAAUCGCUACAAGACGUAUUUCAGUGAGGCCAAGAGGGCCCAAAAUCCGGACUAUUAUUUAAAAAAAUAAUUUGUAUUAAGAAUAUUCAGAAUAAAAAGCUAUAUGCCACUAUGUAUACCA